UUAUAAAAAGAACAAAAAAAAAUUAAUUCAAUUCAAGUCCACAAAAAUGGUUUCCUCUGACUGAAAACUUGCUCAGAUCGGUUCAUCUUCCAAGCGGAAGCGUCUCCUUCAAUCACUCGUAAGAAGCCUUCGUGACGGUCCACUCGUUCUUUCCCCUGAAUGAUUUUGAAUAGGAAGCUGAAGACAUGCAUUCCAAAUCUGACGUUUCUGAGGUUCAUCAUCACCAUACAUCAUCAAACGGGUCCAAGUCACCAUCUAACAGAGAUGAAAGUGGUAACAAGGAGGAGUCACUAGUCACAACGUCUCCCCAACAAUCAGGUGGAGAUAACAGUGAAAAAAGUCAAGAACCUGUGCAUCCUGGCACUACACCACCUCCUCCUCAUCCUCAACUUGUUAGCCAUGCAGUUGGAUGGACAUCCUCGAAUCUUUACCAGGAUCCAUAUUAUGCUGGAAUGAUGGGAGCCUAUCCCUUGGCUUAUGUUCCAUAUGGCGGGAUGCCCCAUUCAAGAAUGCAACUGCCUCCUGAGAUGGCACAAGAACCUGUUUACGUGAAUGCUAAACAGUACGAGGCAAUUAUGAGGCGAAGGCAGGCACGAGCCAAGGCAGAGCUAGAAAAGAAGCUUAUCAAAUCCAGAAAGCCUUACCUCCAUGAAUCUCGGCAUCAGCAUGCUAUGAGGAGGCCUAGGGGUACUGGAGGACGGUUUGCUAAGAAAUCAAACACCGAUGAUUCACGGAAAAAAGCUGGAGAAAAGAACAGUGCUUGUCCUACUCAGUCCCCAACAUCAUCUAACUCUGAUCAACCUGAAGCUUGGAGUGAUGAGUAUAGAACACAUCAGUCUGAAGAGAUGCAGAGCUCAGGUUAUAAGAGAAGGGAAGAAGCAGACUGUUUAGGGCAGCAAUGGAACAACAUUUCCUCAAACCAUCCUUCUCAAGCUCGUUUAGCCAUCAAGUGAUCUCUCUCUCGCAGGCAAAUCAUUCUUGGCUUUCUCUUUGCUGGCUUUAUAUGGUAGCAGCCAUUGAGGAGUUCUCUCAGUUUUCUUCUUUCUUGUUUUGUACAAAUACUAGUGUGCUUUUGUUAGAAUACUUCUUUGUCAGCACCCUUAAGGUUUAAUAAUGAGGCUUGAAGUUUUGAAUCCAAAACUAUGUGAUUAAUAACUAAACUCCACUGUGCUUAAAUGAAAAAGAAGAGAGUAAUUACAAAUCUUUCUUUAUUACAAUUAA